GUAUGAAAAUGUGACACACGUCAAUCUCUAAGUAAAAUACAAAAAAUUAUCAGAUUUUAGCGCAAGAUUGCACAACAAAAAAUCAACAUGUAGGGGGCAUUCCGGGCUUAAUUGUUUGAUUUACAUGUUAGUGUAAGUUUAGUUCUGCCCGUUUUCGGUUCGCUUUUAGUUGGAUACGUGUAUUGCAUCAAAUCCAAACGCAGCUACCCAAAUUCGUACAAGAUGUCGCAGUCAAAUUAUCAUGUAGAUACGCAGGAGAACGUCCGGAAUAAUUCCCAUAGUUUCGUAAGCGGUUCAAGUUCCCGCAGGCACAACCCCAUCGAUGUUGUCAACUCAAAUUUGGAUACAAAUGCACAGGAAUUCUAUCCAGCUGGCCAGAACAACGGAGCGAUCAGGAAGACGCAACAGACGGAUGCUCAGAGACCCAACAGGAGGAACUUCAGACCGGGAAGUGGCAGAACAUUCUCAGCCAGAAAUGGGUAUUAUAACAGAAACUAUGAUAGGAAUGGGGACAAUAGAAACUUUAGUGAUAGAAAUGGGGACAACAGAAACUUUGCUGAUAGAAAUGGGGACAACAGAAACUUCAGUAGGAACAAUGAUGAAAGGAAAAGGGCCUUGGAGGAAACUAAGAAGUUUUUAGACAGUACUCAGUCAAAUUCAGACAAUAACGUUGAUGAUAGAGGUACUUCUCAAUCAUCUGAUUAUUUGAAUCAAAAUAAACCAGAAGUACAAUACAAUAAGCCUUUGCGCAAUAAUAAUGAUGGUUAUAAUAGAAACUAUGGAAGGAACUAUUAUGGUAGAAAUGAUAAUAAGUAUAGAAACCAUGAAAAUAACUACUAUGAGAGUGGUCCAAGCACAUCUUAUGAUAAAAACAAUGCAGAUAGCACUGACAGAUAUAGUCAAAGAAACUACAAAAAGUAUGAUAAUAAAAGUGAUAAUAGGUCAAGUGCAUUUUAUGAUAAAAGUAAUGCAGACAGUAAUGAAAAAUAUGCUCAAAAGAACAACAAAUUUGAUAGGAAGUAUGACAACAAACAUCAAUAUGAUAAAAGUAGGAACAACUACAAGCAAAACAGAAACUCCUACAAAGAUAGAUAUUCAAAGGAAAAUAAAGAAAUCAGACUAAAUAAAAAAUUGGAUGCAGCAUCACAAAGAGAACGCCUGGAACAGAUGCUCAACCGCAAAAUGCUCGAGUGCCUCGUCUGCUGUGAGAUGAUCAAGAACAACGACAAGAUCUGGACGUGCACCCAGUGCUACCACAUCCUCCACUUGAACUGCGUGAGUGCCUGGGCCAAGUCGUCGAAGGUGGAGACCAGUUGGCGUUGCCCCGCCUGUCAGAACCACUACACGGACGUGCCGCGACAGUACAGGUGCUACUGCGGCAAAACGGUCGAACCCAGGCCGGAACCGGGCAUCAUUCCGCACGGCUGCGGCGACGUGUGCCUCAGGAAAGGCCGGACGUGUGACCACAACUGCACCAUUCUGUGCCAUCCGGGGCCGUGUCCUGAUUGUAGCGUUAUGGUGGCCAAACCCUGUGGCUGUGGAAAAACUGAGCCCAUCGUUAAGUGUAGCGCAGACAUUGAGUUGGUGUGCGACUCCACUUGCGACAAGCUUUUGGAAUGUGGUUUGCACCAGUGUAAGGCUAAGUGUCACUCCGGGGACUGCUCGCCGUGCGACCAGUUCAUCUUGCAGGAGUGCUACUGCGGGAAGUUGGGCAGGAAGGUGCCCUGCACCGCCGAAUACAACGGCUCCACUCACUUCGAGUGCGACGACGUGUGCGAAAAGGUGCUGUCCUGUGGCAAUCACAAGUGCAAAAAGAAAUGUCACGAGGGAGAGUGUGAUAGUUGCGAGAGGGACCUCAACGUGAAGUUUUGCCCUUGCGGCAAAACGCCUUUGGCCAAGAGGAACUCCUGCUUGGAUCCCAUUCCUUGUUGUGGCAAAGUUUGCGGGAGGAAGCUGCGCUGUGGACAGCCCAGCAAUCCCCACGCCUGUCAGUCUUUGUGCCACGACGGCGAGUGCCCACCUUGUGGUCUCAAGACUAUGGUGCGUUGCCGAUGCGGCCACAUGGACAAGGAGAUGCCCUGCAAGGAACUAACAACUAAAGCUGAUGAUGCCAGAUGCGAGAAGAAGUGUACCAAGAAACGUCUGUGCGGCAAGCACCGUUGCAACCAGCGCUGCUGCAUCGAGGUGGAGCACUUCUGCCCCCUGCCCUGCAACCACCAGCUGUCCUGCGGCCAACACCGCUGCGAACGUACGUGCCACAGCGGCCGCUGCGCCCCCUGCAUGGAAACCAGCUUCGACGAGCUGUACUGCGAGUGCGGGGCCAGCGUGUACUACCCCCCGGUGCCGUGUGGAACGAAGCCGCCGCCCUGCGACCGCAUGUGCUCGAGGACCAGCCCGUGCGGCCACCCCAUGACCCACACCUGUCACACUGGUCCGUGUCCGCCUUGCGCCGUGUUGGUGAAACGCUGGUGCCACGGUCACCACGAGCAAAGGUCGGCCAUUCCUUGUCACCAGACGGAGUUCAGUUGCGGCCUGCCUUGUGGCAAGCCCAUGCCUUGCGGGAGGCACAAGUGUAUUAAACCAUGUCACGCUGGCGAGUGCCCUUUACCCUGCAAGCAACCUUGCACUGCUCCCAGGCCGACCUGCGGACACUCUUGCAACAAGCCGUGCCACGAGUCACCGUGCCCCAACACGUUGUGCCGACAGCCGGUGACGGUUACGUGCCCGUGCGGCUUGCAGAAGUCCCAGAGGCCGUGUAACGAGCUGGUGGACGAGUACAGGAAUUGGGAGAUGGCGAAGCUGCGAGAGAAGAUGGGGGAGAUGUCGAAUGACCAGCCCGUUGAUAUCUCUGACAUCGUGCAGAACACUAAACGACCAAGUGUACUUAAAAUUUUGGAAUGCACCGAAGAAUGUAAGGUACUGGAAAGAAACAGAAGACUGGCCAUAGGUUUGCAGAUCCGCAACCCGGACAUAAGUCAAAAGUUGGCCCCGAAAUACUCGGAUUACAUGAAGCAGUGGGCGAAGAAGGACCCUACGUUCUGUCAACGCAUCCACGACAAGCUGACCGAUCUAGUCCAACUGGCUAAACAGAGCAAGCAAAAGAGUCGCGCCCACUCGUUUGAGGUGAUGAACCGCGACAAAAGGCACUUCAUACACGAGUACUGCGAACAUUUCGGCGUCGAGAGCGCCGCCUACGACAUGGAGCCUAACAGGAACGUCGUCGCCACUGCCAUCAAAGACAAGUCGUGGUUGCCCAGCGUCAGUCUGUUGGAGUUCGUGCAGAGGGAGAACGGCCUCAGGAAAGUUCCGAAACCGAUGCUAAGCAAAAGCUCGUUGGUAAAGUCGGAGACUGUCUCACUAAAACUGCCCAGCAGGGCUCAAAGGCCUGCUACUCCACCCGGGGAGAUGAUCGAUUACUUCGAUAACCCUCCCGUUUAGUAGUGAAUAUAUUUUUUACAUUUUUACUUCACUGAAGUUUGAUUGAUGUAUUUUAAUUUGGAUUAAAAUGUUUUGUUUAUUUUUGAAUGACAGUUCUUUUUGAGGUAAUGGAAACAGUUAAUAUACCCACCAAUUUUAAUUAUUAAUGAAAAUGUGGAAGAAAAUAUUUUGUGAAAAAAAUUAAAAAUAAAUCAUUGAAUGAAAACUAUUCAUUAUUAUUAAUUGAUUUAAAGAAAUGUUUAAGAAAAUAACGUUAACAUUUAAAUCCCACUUAGAAAGAAUGCAUAUAUUUUUAAUUUAAUUUACUGAACACUGAAUGUAUGUCAAUUUGUCUAUUACUGAAUAAUUUUUCCAGUGAACAUGCCCACUAUUGUUUAUUAUUAAUUAAAAAGUGGAAGAUACUAUUUUGUAAACACUUAAAAAUACAU